AGCUAUAAAUACAGCUCAAUCUCACAACCUUCAAACAGAUCACAAUUGCCUGAAUACAUUCUGAGAUCAAGAACAACUUAUAUUUUUUUUUGUAGACCCGUGUUCGUAGUUUCAGAAGGAAAAGAACAAUGUCGAGUGCCCAACAAAAGGCAGGCCAAGCCCAGGGUCAGGCCAAGGCCAAGACUCAGGAGUGGGUGCAGACGGCCCAGAGUACAGCGAAUAAGGCUUGCGACAAGGCGGCUGAUUCCAAAGAGGAGGCCCAGCAAGGGAAAGAGCAGAGUGCCGGAAUCAUCCAACAGACUGGUGAGCAAGUGAUGAACAUGGCGCAGGGUGCCAUAGAUGGUGUGAAGAGCACACUUGGAAUCAAUGAAAACACUCAUCAUGAAAAGAAGUGAAAGAAUUUCUCCUCUCUCGAUCGUCGCGUGGGAGGUGUUAUCGUAGUAGUUUGUUGCAUUUCAGAUUUUUAUUAAUUGAAGUUCAAUAAUCUAGAGAUUUCCAUGCAGAGAAGAACUCUUAUCUAUCAGGUUGUAAUAAGAGCUGUUAGCAAUUCGCAGCAACUAUGAAUCUUACUUCCAAUAUUCAACAAUGUCAUCUGUUUUUGUUUUU